AUGUCUCGUUCGCCCUCUGGUGCAUCACUUUCACCUCGUUCGAGUGAUCAUCUGCCACAUCCAAUUAUUCCGCGACGAGAACGAACACUUUCUCAAUGUGAGCGGGCGUUACAAAGUCCAUCCUACGAAGACAACCCAAGUCAAAUGAUUUUUGCACAUGUUUCUGAUAUCGAUGAUGAUUAUGUACCGAAAAAAGGCGACAUUGUUUCCUUUAAGAAAAUGCUAAUGCCGCCGAAGAAUGAAAAAGUCAUGGCUGUGCAUAUCAAACUUCUACAUUUAGCUGAAGGUGUCAAACACGAGUCAUGGGAAGAAGCAGUUGAGCAUGACAUGGAAACUCGACGACCGUCACGUCAUGAUUGUUUAUCGAUGACAAAUGAAACCGCUGGUAAUGGUGAUCAUAUACAUCAUGCUAUACCUCGCGUAUCACCUGUUACACACGUUGAUUAG